GUUCGGCCCAGUUAACGCCCGUGGCCAUUUUGCUGUCCGUUGAUAAGUCCGCGAGGAAAGGAAAAGUAGCGAUCGCGUACCGACGGUGGGACUCGACAGCGGCCCUCAACGGCGCAACUUGACCCGCGCCCCGGACUUGCCGCCGAGUGGCUGGACCGCCGGAUCGCCGGGUAGUAGCUGGAUCGCUGGACUCCGCAUGGCAGUCCCUCGACGUUACUGCUUUCGUCGCGGACGCUCGCCAGAUGCCUGGAGUUUUAGUGCCACUGACACGAACGACACGAUGAUGAAAGUCAUUUAGAGAGUAGCGAAGCUGGAUGGUUCUUUGGAAUGAACUGAGGUAAUCCAGAACGAGAGAGAGAGAGAGAGAGAGAGAGAGUGAAAGAGAGACUGAGAGAGGAAAAUGGAGGAUAGCGCAAAUGUAACAAAGAUGUUGGAAGAAGUGGUCGAUGGACAAGAGAUUAUUUUGGAGCAGGAGGAGGAGGAGGAAGAGGAGGAGGAGGAGGAGGAGGAGGAGGAGGAGGAGGAGGAGGUGGAUCAGGAGUGCGAAGAUGGUGAGAUAGAGGAGAUCGUAGAAAUUAUCGAAGAGAUAGAGGAGAUCGACGAUGGGACGGAUGAUGUAGAAGAGAUCGAGGAUAUAGAACAUGUAGAGGAAGAGGAGGAGGAGGAGAUCCAAGAGGUUCAGGAGCUUCAGGUGGUUCAGGAGAUUCAGGAGGUUCAGGAGGUUCAGGAGGUUCAGGAGGUUCAGGAGGUGCAGGAGGUUCAGGAGGUGCAGGAAGUUCAAGAGGUUCAGGAGGUCGAGGAGGAGCAUUUUUUGCAAAAGACUAAUGGCUUGUACGUGCCUCAAGAAAGUAGCUGUGACUCUAAGGAAAAGCAAAUUGUAUAUAUCAGCAACCAGAAACCUACCGUUAAUCAAGAAAAACCCACCGGUCAUAUUCGUUACGAUGCAUCAGCCGAUUGGGAAGACGAGGAAUACGACCAAGAACAGAAUUCUAUAGAACCCGUGGAAGAUGCAGUGGCAAAUUCUGGUGAAAUGAAUACUUACGCUGCAUAUAGUAACGGAGUGAAUACGGAAAUAAUAAAUGUAAACGAAAGAACAGAAAUUUCUAGGACACAGCUAAAUUAUGAACAUAGUGUAAAUCAAGAUAAUAGUGUAGAUGAAGAUAACAAUCAGNNUGUCCAAGCAUCUGAAAACAAUCUAGUUUAUACGGUGCUUGGCUCUAAAAAGCACAUUAGAUCAAUGGAUGAAAGUAGAUCUGAUGUUGAAUAUGUCGAGAUACAAAGGUAUAGAGAUGAUAGUUUGCCCGACGAUGGAACUAUUUACUACGCUGUAAACGAUGGCGACGGUACAUAUGUUCACGCAAUGGAAGAGGAUGACCAACAAUAUCAGUACGUUAACGAAGAACCUAUGGACCAAGAUAAUCAGGAAUGGGAGGAAUCCAAUCAAACCGCGGAGGAUCAGCAGGAGGAACAGACGGAACAAGAUCAAAUCUUCUUGCACGAAGAUUCAGACGGGCAGUUGUAUUUUAAAAACGAAUACGGACAAUUGCAACCAGUUUACAUGACUCCCGAUGGAAAUUAUGCAAUAGCGGAAAACAGUAGCGACGAGCAGGAUAGCCAGGGAGGAGAUCUUAAUCAAAUACAAGAGGAGCAGGCGGAAACGGAUAGUUACAUAAUUCCGGAGCUUGACGUUAAGCAAUUUAACUCGAAAAAGAUCGAUCAGAGUCAAGAGCCUGACAACGACGACAGCACUGUAACAAUAUCACUGAUUAUAUCGGAAGAUGAAAACGGACAAAAGCGAACUCAAGUCAUAAUACCGACUCCAGCCGAGUCAAAAUGCGACAUCUGCAGCAAGACGUUCAAAACGUCCUUGCAAUUACUUAAGCACAAUCGCUUGAAGCACGCGAGGGAAGAAGACAUUACAACGAGAAACUUCCCUUGCGAUAUGUGCCCUAAAAGAUUUUCCGAUCAAAAUUCCUUGGCUCGUCAUCGAAAGACUCACACCGAAAGUCGACUAUUUCAGUGUUUGGAAUGUCACAAAUCCUUCCCCACGGCCAAUACACUGAGGAAACAUUUGUCAAUGCAUAAUCCGGAUUCUCUUCCAUUGCCUUGCAUUUAUUGCGGGCGUCGAUUUUCCGAUAAAGUCAGUCUUACAAAACACGAGCAGUCGCAUUUAGCUGGGGAAAAGCGAACGCACGUUUGUGACAUUUGCCAAAAGUGUUUCUCGAACAUCACGGACUUGAAUAUCCAUAAAAAGCAUCACGAUCCAGAUAGGAAAUUCGACUGCGGUGUCUGCGGACGAGAAUUCAAUCGAUUAAAUAAUCUACAACGCCACAUGAUGGUACAUCAACAGCAAGAAGCAAACGAAGAGAUUCUCUCCUGUAAUGUUUGUGGUAUAACGUACAAAUUUUCAAGCUCUUUGACUAGACAUAUGGUUACGACGCAUAUGAAUCCUGAAAAGCUUCGGCAGCAAGCCGAAGAACAAAGGAGGAAGCGUGAAAAUAAUUAUCGCCGUUACUUAGAAAAUCGUAAAACCUUCGAAAAUCAACAACCAAAACGUGCUUAUCGUCGCUCAAUGGGCAGAUUAAUGGAUGACGAAGAAGACGAGGCUGAUUGAUUUGAUGAAGAUUUUCAAUAUAACGACUAGUUAUAUUAGUCCAACUAUAUUGAUAAUGAGAGAAAGAUAUGUGAAUUUGAUUCAAUAUUUUUAAUCGACUUCCUUUAAAA